AUGGAUCAAGAAAACGAAAGAAGCAUUAGUAGGUUAUGGAGAACCUUUAGAACCGUGAAGGAGAUGGUCAGAGAUAGAGGUUAUUUCAUUACACAAGAAGAAAUCGAUUUGUCCUUGGAAGAUUUCAAAGCUAAUUACACAGACCCAAUGGGUAGACCAGAACGUAAAAAGAUGUCCUUCCAAGCAAACCCAAUAGAGGAAGCCAUUGCAAAGUUCCCAGAUAUGGGUAGUAUGUGGGUGGAAUUCUGUGACGAAAUCAGUGUUGGUGUUAAGACCAUGAAGACUUUUGUCAUACAUAUUCAAGAAAAGAAUUACCAAACAGGUAUCUUUGUUUAUCAAAACAAUAUCACUCCAAGUGCUAUGAAGUUGGUUCCAUCGAUACCACCAGCUACAAUUGAAACUUUCAAUGAAGCCUCAUUGAUUGUUAAUAUUACACACCACGAAUUGGUUCCAAAACAUAUCAGAUUAAGUGAGGAAGAAAAAGUUGAAUUAUUGAAAAGAUAUAGAUUAAAAGAGUCUCAACUACCAAGAAUCCAAAGAGCUGAUCCUGUAGCAUUAUAUUUGGGUCUGAAGAGAGGUGAAGUCGUCAAGAUCAUCAGAAAGAGUGAAACAUCCGGUCGUUACGCAAGUUACAGAAUUUGUAUGUAG